AUGCCAGGAAGGAAUCAAACCAUCGUCUCAGACUUCCUCCUCCUGGGGCUGCCCAUUGAGCCGGAGCAGCACAACCUGUUCUACGCCCUUUUCUUGGCCAUGUAUCUCACCACUGUCGUGGGGAACAUGCUCAUCAUCAUCCUUAUCCGCCUGGACUCCCACCUCCACACACCCAUGUAUUUGUUUCUCAGUAACUUGUCCUUCUCUGACCUCUGCUUCUCCUCUGUCACAAUGCCUAAACUGCUGCAGAACAUGCAGAGCCAAGUCCCAUCCAUCCCCUUUGAGGGUUGCCUGACUCAGAUGUACUUCUUCCUGUUUUUUGCAGACCUGGAGAGCUUCCUUCUUGUGGCCAUGGCCUAUGACCGCUACGUGGCCAUCUGCUUCCCCUUGCACUACACCACCAUCAUGAGCCCCCAGCUCUGUCUUUCCCUGGUGGCACUGUCCUGGGUGCUGACCACAUUCCAUGCCAUGCUGCACACUCUGCUCAUGGCCAGGUUGUCUUUCUGUGCGGACAAUGUGAUUCCCCACUUUUUCUGUGAUAUGUCUGCUCUGCUGAAGCUGGCCUGUUCUGAUACUCAAGUGAAUGAGCUGGUGAUAUUUGUCAUGGGAGGACUCAUUCUUGUCAUCCCAUUCUUACUCAUCAUCAUGUCCUAUGCUCGGAUUGUCUCCUCCAUUCUGAAGGUCCCUUCUGCCAGGGGCAUCCACAAGGCUUUCUCCACCUGUGGCUCUCACCUCUCUGUGGUGUCCCUGUUCUAUGGGACAGUUAUUGGUCUCUACUUAUGCCCAUCGGCAAAUAAUUCUACUAUUAAGGACACUGUCAUGGCUAUGAUGUACACUGUGGUGACCCCCAUGCUGAACCCUUUCAUCUACAGCCUGAGGAACAGAGACAUGAAGGGAGCCCUGGGAAGAGUAUUUCAUAAAAAGAAAUUUCCCUUCUCUGUGUGGCGAUAA